CCCACAAAAGAUUACCAUUUUAUCCCAUCAAAAAUCGUUUGGAUCCAUGCCAUCAAGAAAAUGGAUCUUUUUUCAUCAUAUGGCUUUCAAGAAACAAAGAUUGAUUAAUUAGGCGAUUAUAUGUAUAAAGAUUUUGUUGCUUAAUAACUUGUUGAAGUGACAUCAUGGACGACGAAAAAGAGGAAACAUCCGAAUCAAAUCAUCUUAAGAACAACCACCUUGGCAAUGUGAAUAUUGGGACGAAGGAUGUGGAUGCUAUGUUGGAGCAGGCAUGUCAAGAUAGAGAUAAAGAUUUGGAUAAAUUGAUGAACCCAUAUGGUGACAGUAGUAAUGUCAUAUAUGGAUUUCAUGUUAAAAAUGGCACAUCAGAGUUUGAUGCUACAAAUCAUGAUAUUCAUACCUCAAACGAGCCUCGCUCACCUUUUGUCACCCAGCAGUCGUCUUUCUUCACUUCAUCCCCCCGACCUAAACCGAAACCUGCUUCACUAGAUAUAAAUACAGAAAUCUUGCAUCUAGUGGAUUCUGCAAUCAUGGGUCAGCCCGAAAGUAUAGAGACUAUGAAAAGCAUGGUGAGUUGUGCAGAGAAUUUUGGAGAUGGAGUUGAUGCAGAUAGUGUUGCAUAUUUGCUAGUUGAUACACUUCUUACAACAAUGGGAGGAGUUGAAUCUUUUGAAGAAGAUGAUGACAAUUUUUCACCAACUGUGAUGAAAAACUCCAUAGCUGCAGUUAUAUCCGCUGAACUUCUUCCAUGGCUUCCAUGGUUAACUGAUAGUGUUGGAUUCAUGUCCCCCAGGACCAGACUGAUUCGUGGGCUGCGGACCAUUUUACGCGCAUGUACAAGAAACAGGGCCAUGUGCUGUUCAGCAGGUUUAAUAGGGGUUCUUUUGAAAACAGCUGAAAAGAUUUUUCUUGAUGAUGUUGGUUCAACGAAACAACUGAAGUGGAAUGGAGCUCCGUUAUGCUCUUGCCUUCAAUAUUUAGCUGGGCAUUCAGUUAGUGUAGCUGAUUUGAACACUUGGUUUAGGUUAGUUAAGCGAAUGAUUAAAACUCCAUGGGCUCCUCGGUUAAUGGCCUCCUUAGAAAAGGCGUUGGGUGGCAAGGAGUCACGGGGCCCAAAAGCUUCAUUUGAGUUUGAUGGUGAAAGCUCGGGUUUGAUUGGGCCAGGAGAGGGUCGUUGGCCGUUUCCUAAUGGCUAUACAUUUGCCACAUGGCUUUUUGUCGAGUCAUUCGCCGACAAUUUACAUACAGCAGCUAUUGCUGCAUCCAUAGCAGCAGAAGCCAGAGCCAAAUCAGGAAAGUUUUCAGGUUCACCGGCUGCGACUGUUGCUAAGAAGGGUAUGGAUGAAGGCACAACGAAUAUGCCUCGUCUUUUUUGUUUUGUAUCUUCUGAUAAUCAAGGCAUUGAGGCGUAUUUUCAUGCUCAGUUUUUGGUGGUUGAAAGUAGAACUGGAAAAGCAAGAAAAGGUCCGGUGUAUUUUUCUUAUGCUUUUAAGCCACAAUGUUGGUAUUUUAUUGGCAUUGAACACACUUCAAAUGGUGAAUUAAGACUAUAUAUUGAUGGAACACUACAUGAAACUCGUUCUUUUGACCUCCCUCGAUUCUCCAAACCUCUUUCAUAUAUAUCCAUUGGAACUAAUCCGCCACCAAGAAUGGGGGGAUUACAUCAAAAUUCACGACAAUUCCCGUUGUUUGCAGAGAUGGGCCCAAUAUAUAUAUUCAAAGAACCCGUCAGGCCUGAGAUCAUAGGAAGGCUGGCUUCAAGGGGUGCGGAUGCACUUCCUUCAUUUGGUAAUGCUGCUGGGUUAAUGUGGUUGUCGACUAAUUCCCAUGUGGUAAAUAUCGAAGAGGAAAGUGCUCGCUUAGAUGCAGAUAUUGCCGGAUACCUUCACAUAAUCUAUCAUCCAAGUUUAUUAAAUGGACGUCACUGUCACGAUGCUUCCCCUUCUGGUCCUUCAGGAUUGCUUCAGAGACCUGCUGAGGUUCUUGGGCAUGUACCUGUAACCACAAGAAUGCGGCCUACAGAAGCUUUGUGGGCCCUGGCAUAUGGAGGUCCCAUGUCUUUACUUCCAUUUUUAGUAAGCAAAGUUGACAAUGAUACAUUAGAACCUGUAAAAGGCAAUCUUAAAUCAUGCUUGGCCUCCACAGCUCUGGCUGCUUCAGUAUUCAGGAUCAUAUCACUAGCAAUACAACACCUGGGAAACAGCAAUGAGUUGUGCCGAACACGAGGGCCUGAGGUUUUAUCAAAAAUACUAACAUACCUCUUAAAAACUUUAUCAUCACUUGAUGUUGCCAAGCAUACAGUGGCAGAUGAGGAAAUUGUUGCGGCAGUUGUGAGUUUAUGUCAAUCUCAGAAGAACAAUAUUACACUAAAAACGCAACUUUUUAGUACGUUAUUGCUGGAUUUGAAAAUUUGGAGUUUAUGUAGUUAUGGGAUACAAAAGAAACUGUUGUCAUCUUUAGCAGAUAUCGUAUGCAUCGAGUCAUCUGUGAUGCGUGAUGCAAAGGCUAUACAAACUCUUCUUGAUGGGUGCAGGAGAUGUUAUUGGACUAUUCAUGAAAAAGAUUCGAUGAACACAUUUUCUAUUAAUGGAGGGCCGCGGCCAGUUGGGGAAGUGAAUGUUUUGGUUGAUGAGCUUUUAGUGGUAAUUGAACUUCUUUUGGUGGAAGCUCCUCCUCCAAUGGCGGUGAAUGAUAUUAGAUGUUUGCUUGGAUUCUUGGUUGAUUGUCCACAACCAAAUCAGGUUGCAAGGACACUGCAUCUAAUAAAUAGGCUGGUGGUUCAACCAAAUACUUCUAGAGCAGAAAAUUUUGCCGAGGCGUUCGUAUCAUGUGGUGGUAUCGAAACACUUCUAGUCUUAUUGCAACGAGAAGCAAAAGCUGGAGAUAAAUAUGCACCUGACAUUGAUGACGAUACCUGUUCUAUCUCGGGAUCCAAAGCUGAAAGUGUUGCCGGUUUUACUGAAAAUUAUAACACUGAUGAUGUUAGUUCUGUAUAUGAUAGUGAAAUUUCAACUUAUGAACCUCAUAGACAUCAUAGUACCAUGGCCUCUAGUAUAGGAAGCCGAACGUCGGCUUCCGAAAGUCAAAUUAUAAAAAAUCUUGGUGGUAUAACUUUCUCAAUUACCCCCGAGAAUGCAAGGAAUAAUGUGUAUAAUAUCGAUAAAACUGACGGAACUGUUGUCGCCAUCAUUGGCCUUUUUGGGGCUUUAGUUAUUUCGGGGCAUUUAAAGUUUGGUUCUCAUGCUCCUCCGGAUCUUACUGGAAAUCUUCCUGGUUUGCUUGAAGGUGCGGGUAGUAUGUAUGAUGAUAAAGUUUCACUUCUACAUUUUGUUCUGCAAAAGACUCUCCAAGCUGCACCAAACAGGCUAAUGACUAUGAAUGUCUACACAGCUUUACUUAGUGCCUCGUUAAACGUAUCAGCAAUGGAUGAAGAUCUAAACCCCCAUGACUCACAACUCCGCUUUGAGAAUUUAGAAGUCUUGUUGGUUCUUUUCCGUUCACUACCAUAUGCAAGCGAGAGUUUUCAAAUUCGGGCAUUGAAGGAUCUUCUAAUUUUGGUUGUCCAACAAUCAGAUAAUAGAAGAAGUCUCGCUAAGAUGGAGGAGUGGCCUGAGUGGCUCUUGGAAAUUCUUAUAUCGAAUUAUGAGAUGGGUGUAACAGGCGCUUCAACAUCUUCAAGCAUAAGCUACGUUGAAGACCUUAUAUACAGUCUCCUCAAUAUCAUGAUAGAGCAAUCACUGUUCGAAAAAGAUGGCUGGAAGGAUAUUGAAGCUACACUUCAUUGUGCAGAAUGGCUUUCAACAAAAGGGGGAUCUAGCACAGGAGAGCAGCGGGCUAGGCGUGUGAAAUCAUUGCCUGUUUUUAAGAGAAGGCUUUUGAGUGAGUUGCUGCAAGUCAUCACCACAAACUUAAAGAGUCAGAUCCAUCUUAUUGCUCUAGGAUCUGUUGGUGAGGAAAUAACAGGAAUGGCACCUGGAGUGACUAAGGAACAAGUAGAGGAUGCUGUUCGUUAUUCCGAGGCUUUAGUGGAGAAUGCAAUUGUGACGUUAAUGCUUGUUGAAGAUCAUUUGCGACUGCAGAGUAAAGAAUUUUGCUUAACCUAUUUUCAAACUGGUUCUACCUCUCCUCUUUCAUCUGUCCAAGCAUUGGUUUCGAGUCCCUCAUCGAUCUCAAAACCGUUGGAAGGAGGAGAUUCAUCUAAGGACUCUGCAGUUCCAUUUGAUGUUCUUGCUUCUAUGGUUGAUGAUAAAGAAGAUUUUUCUGCAUCCACAAUGGAACGCCUCACAGCAGCAGCAGCAGCAGAACCUUAUUACUCGGUUUCUUGUGCUUUUGUGUCAUAUGGAAGUUGUGUGAUAGAUUUAGCUGAAGGAUGGAAAUAUAGAAGCCGAUUGUGGUAUGGUGUCGGUAAACCUUCAGAUACAUCUAACAUUGGUGGUGGUGGCAGUGGUUGGGACCGCUGGAAAUCAUGUUUAGAAAAAGAUUCAAAUGGUAAUUGGGUUGAAAUUCCAUUAAUAAAGAAAUGUGUCCUGAUGUUACAAACCUUAUUAUUAGAUGAACAUGGGUUUGUCGAUGAGCUUGGGAUGAGUGGCACUUCAGGUACUGGAAUGGGUAAUGUGAUGGCUCUUUAUCAAUUGUUGGACAGUGACCAGCCGUUUUUAUGCAUGCUUCGUAUGAUACUUCUUGCAUUGAGAGAAGAUGAUGGCGAUUGUGAAAGUGGCAUAAUUAUGAAAAAUAUUGAUGAUGGGUUUGAAAAAUUACACAGAGAAGACGGAAGUGCUCCAUCUUCUUUAGAAAGUAGUCCUCGAACACUCAUGAAUCAGCCCGGUUCACCAUUAUUAUGGAGAGUACUGUCACCCAUCUUGCACAUGCCAGUCUCUGAGUCCAAGCGACAGAGGGUGUUGGUUGCAUCGUGUGUUUUAUAUUCUGAGGUGUGGCAUGCGGUUAGCCGGAACAGACUCCCUCUAAGGAAACAGUAUCUAGAGGCUAUUGUGCCGCCACUUGUGGCUGUUAUCAGGAGGUGGCGUCCUCUUUUGGCCAAAAUCUAUGAACUUUCUCCCCCAGAUGGAUACAAUCCUCUUGUUCUUGACGACCCAUCCUUAGAUGCUGAGGCCAAUCCUACAGAGAGUGCUCUAGCUAUGAUCACUCCCAGCUGGGCAUCUGCUUUUGCAUCUCCACCUGCUGCAUUGGCAUUGGUCAUGAUUGCUGCUGGUGCUGCUGGUGGGGAUACCACCGCUCCUACUACACCUACAAUAAACGUGCAUCUUAAACGUGACUCUUCUACCUUAUUUGAAAGAAAAUCGGCUAAACUUCAUACAUUUUCAAGCUUUCAAGAACCUUUAGGCGCUUCCAAAAAAUUACGUGCUGUUCCAAAGGACAAAGCAACUGCACGAGCAGCUGCAUUAGCUGCCGCCCGUGAUGUUGAACGAAAUGCAAAAAUUGGAUCUGGAAGGGGUUUGAGUGCAGUGGCUAUGGCUACAUCUGCACAGAGGCGAACCAAAAGUCAUAUGGAACAUGAAAUGAGAUGGAAUGUUUCUGAAGCAAUGGGAACUGCAUGGAUGGAAUGCUUGCAAUCUGUGGAUACAAAAUCGGUUUAUGGGAAAGAUUUUAAUGCGUUGUCAUAUAAAUUUGUUGCACUUCUUGUUGGAAGUUUAGCUUUUGCUAGAAACAUGCAACGAUCAGAGGUUGAUAGACGUGCUCGAAUUGAUUUUAUUGCUCGGCAUCGUUUAUGUACUGGUAUACGUGCCUGGCGCAAACUCAUUCAUUACCUGAUUGAGACCGACAGUCUUUUUGGAUUAUUGAGUAAAAAUCUUUGCGAUCCUAAACGAGUUUUCUGGAAAAUAGAUUACAUGGAAAGUUCUUCAAGGAUGCAUAGAUGUUUAAGGAGGGAUUUUAAGGGAUCAGAUCAUUCUGGUGUUUCUGCAAUAUGUAAAGAUCCAAUGGAACUUGAACAUGAUAAACAGAAGUCGAUUUUGGCUCUAGAAGCUCUCUCAACAGAACUAGCCAAUGAGGUUGAUGAUCAAGAUGUGGUUGUGAAUAUGGAUGGAAAAGCAGAUGAGAUGUGGCUGUAUGAAGAUAUACAUACAAGACCAUCAGCAACUUCAGAGCAGCAGCUGCAGAUACCGAUGGAUUCUAGUGAACCCCAAGUUACAAGCUGCCAAGAUCUUGCACAGAGUCCAUCGGCAGCUGUCCCGGGUUACAUUCCCAAUGAACAUGAUGAAAUAAUUAUUCUUGAGCUUCCAGCAUCAAUGGUUCGACCACUAAAAGUUCGACAUGGAACAUUUCAGAUUACAACUAGGAGAAUUAGUUUUCUUGUUGAUAAAUCUGAGAAGAAAGUCAAAGAUAAAGCUGAAGAUAAGGAUCGAAGCUGGUUGAUGGCUUCUCUUCAUCAAGUACACAACAGAAGGUACCUUCUCCGGAAAAGUGCUUUGGAAAUAUUUAUGCUUGACCGAUCAAAUUUCUUCUUCGACUUUGGGAGUUCUGAGGCAAGGAUGAGCACCUAUCGAGCUAUCAUUCAUGCUCGUCCUCCACGCUUGAACAGUAUUUACUUGGCGACUCAGAGACCUGAGCAACUUCUCAAGCGCACUCAACUUAUGGAACGUUGGUCACGCUGGGAGAUCAGCAACUUUGAAUAUUUAAUGCAGCUCAAUACAUUGGCUGGCCGUAGUUAUAAUGACAUAACCCAGUAUCCCGUUUUUCCAUGGGUUCUUUCAGAUUACAAGUCAACUCAUUUGGAUCUUGCCAAUCCGUCCUCUUAUCGGGAUCUUUCCAAGCCCAUUGGAGCAUUAAAUGAUGAUCGGCUAAAAAAGUUCCAUAAAAAAUACUCGAGCUUUAAUGAUCCUGUCGUACCCAAGUAUCAUUAUGGCUCACACUACUCGACUGCUGGGGCAGUGUUGUAUUAUCUCAUGCGAGUUGAACCAUUUACUACUCUUUCAGUUAGAUCACAAGGUGGCAAGUUUGACCAUGCAGACAAAAUGUUUUCAGAUAUUGGUGCUACGUGGACUGGAGUUCUGGAGGAUAUGAGUGACGUGAAGGAACUGGUUCCUGAAUUGUUUUACCUUCCGGAGAUCUUGACAAAUGAGAACUUAAUUGAUUUUGGCACCACACAACCUGGAGAUAAAUUAGAUUCUGUCCGGCUUCCUCCUUGGGCUAAAAACCCUGUUGAUUUCAUCACUAAACAUCAAAUGGCUCUCGAGAGUGAGCACGUGUCUGCACAUUUGCAUGAGUGGAUUGAUCUUAUAUUUGGGUACAAGCAACAAGGGAAAGAAGCUAUUUCAGCAAACAAUGUAUUCUUUUAUGUCACUUAUGAAGGAGCUGUUGACAUUGACAGAAUUCAGGAUCCUGUCCAACGGCGUGCUGUACAAGAUCAAGUUGCUUACUUUGGUCAAACCCCAUCACGUCUUUUGGCAGUCCCUCAUAUAAAGAAGAUGCCACUUUCAGAUGUUCUUCAUAUGCAGACCAUCUUUCGGAAUCCUAAAGAAGUGAAACAAUAUCGUGUUCCGUACCCUAACCGCUGCAACCUACCUGCAUCUGCCAUUCACGCAACUUCAGAUGCUCUUGUAAUUGUCGAUACUGAUGCCCCAUCAGCAAAAAUAGCGUUACACAAAUGGCACCCAAAUACACCUGAUGAAAAUGGAAUGCCAUUCAUGUUUCAGCCUGGAAAAAAUAAUAUAAACGCAGGUGGUGGGGGUGGAGGUUUCAUGAGAAUUUUCAGAGGAAGACGUGGGUCCACUUCAAAGGAGUGGACAUAUCCUCAGGCUCAUGCAUAUGCAGCUUCUGGGAUCAGGAACUCUUCCAUAGUCUCCAUAACAUAUAACAACGAAGUUAUCAUGGGUGGACAUGUAGACAACAGUAUCAGAUUGGUAUCGCCAGACGGGGCAAAAACAUUAGAAAUAGCGAGAGGCCAUUGCGCACCAGUGACUUGUUUAUCUCUAUCACCUGAUAGCAAGUACCUCGUGAGUGGUUCCCGUGACACAACGGUAUUAGUCUGGAGAAUACACCGGUCACCAAGAAUCCGGUCUGGCAGCAUGUCUGAGCCACCCACCGGCUCAGUCACACCAACUUCAGUUAGUGCUACUACUGCUGCAAGUUGCUUCAUUGAUAAAAACAGAAGAAGGCGUAUUGAGGGUCCCAUUCAGGUUGUCCGUGGCCAUCUUGGUGAAAUUAUUGAUUGCUGUGUGAAUUCAGAUCUUGGAGCUGUUGCCUCGUGCUCUUAUGUGUCAGAUGUUUUGGUUCAUUCAGUGAGUAGGGGUCGAUUGCUCAGAAAACUUCAUGGUGUAAAGGCUGAUAAAGUUAGGCUUUCAAAAAAUGGGGUUGUACUCACUUGGAAUGAUUCUGUGCACGCUCUCUCGAGCUUUACUCUUAAUGGGAUAUUAAUUGCUCGGGUGCAGCUUCCUUUUUCAUGUAGCAUUAGUUGCAUGGAGAUUUCUUUUGAUGGGCGGAGUGUUUUGCUUGGAUUAAACUCAACUUCAAAAAACAACCAUGAUGGUGGAUUAAAAGAAGUUGGUGAAACUGAAAGAUUAAAUGUUCAAUAUCCUUCGGUUUGUCUUCUCGAUCUGCAUACUCUUAAGGUAUCUCACACAAUGAAACUUGAAGAAGAUCAAGAUAUAACAGCACUGACGAUGAACAAGGACAACACUAAUCUCUUGGUGUCAACCUCUGACAAACAAUUAAUAAUCUAUACAGAUCCUGCUGUGAAGUUCACAACUGUCGUCAGACGAGCAGGAAGUGGACUUAUAGGGUUGCCAAGGGGAAGACGUCGAUCAAAGAGGAGCUUAGCAAGUGUUUCAAGUGAUGAUGAAUAGUAAUCCCUCGAUAGCAACAUGCUUCCUUACCCACUUUGUCCAUAAGUCAGGAUGUGCUUUAAGAUGGUGGAUCAAAUGCUAAUUUCAUAAAAUUCUGGGAGAAGUCAAGUUUUCAGCAGUUGAUCAAGACGGCAGACUAUCUUGUUUCUUGAGUUAACAUGUGACUCAGAUUCAACUCACAGCGGUUGUUAUUGUUUGACGUAUCUCCCCAGGCUCGGUACAUAUUACUUGCAGAGUAUUUACAUUAGCAAUAGAGGGAUGUUAUGCAAAUUUUGACUUUGAUCUUGUAAAUUGAUGUCACCAUGAAAAUGCAUGUGGCCCUUGAGCUAGAUGUACAUAUUUACCCUAAUCUCUGUAUAGUGUAAUGCUACGUGUUGUAUUCUGAUGUGUUUAGAAAUGGGAAAACCACACUUUCUUCG